CUCUCGCGAGGGAUUGUGGGGAAUGUAGUCUGGGUGUUACUGUAGGCGCGAGGGGAAAGGGAAGGGUAAAGUAGUAGACGCUGUCGUUUGCGCAUGUGUGGUUUCCUCGGUCGGAAGUGAGUGGACGUAGCGUGGUGGUGGUGAGAGAGACCUGAGUCCUGCGGAGAAAGAAGCGGAGUGCCUUUUAGUCGACUCUUGGUUGCCCGCAUUUUGCAGCGGGAGCGCGGAACUUGAGCCUCAGAAAUGUCGAAUGCAAAAGAAAAGAAAAAAGCCAAGAAAAUGAAAAACCAACCUACCAGUGUGACUUUUCCCUCUGACAGUGGGCCUAGUCACAGUGAGAUAUACUUUCAGAAUGGAGGUGAUGGAACCCCUUAUCAUAAGAAACGAGAACUGCGCUCUGAAGCCUUGCAACAGGGAUUUUUGCGUCAAAAAAAAUCCAAUGAAAUGCCUAAAUAUAUAACAGUGUCUCCUUUUGUUCAAGCUCGGGCUGCUGAAAUAAAGGCUAUGUUGAAGGCUGUUACACAGAAGUCUUCCAAUACUUUAGUGUUUCAGUCUCUACCUAGACAUAUGAGAAGACGAGCAAUGAGCCACAAUAUCAAACGCCUACCCAGACGACUUCGUGAACUUGCCAGAAGAGAAGCAGAGAGACCUGAACAUCAGAAAAAAGAGAUCCCAAAGAGCAAGUGUCGUAAAGCCAGGCGGCGCCAUACGGACAUGGUGGCAGCAUUCAAUCGCAGGCAAAAGAAGAACAUCUGGCUAGAAACGCACAUCUGGCAUGCAAAACGGUUUCACAUGGUGAAGAAAUGGGGCUACUGCUUGGGAGACAAGCCCACCACCAAGAGCUAUAGGGCUUGCUACCGAGCCAUGACAAACCACUGCCUCCUCCAGGACUUAUCAUAUUACUGUUGUUUGGAGUUGAUUGGAAAAGAGGAGAAACUUCUAGCAGUGCUUGCUCGAAUGUGUAACGUAGAUGCAGGGCCAACAUUUGCAGCUAUUCCUUGCCUAGCUGGAAAGCGCCAGGGUGCCCUCACGUUGUACAAGGUGGAUCGGUACUCUGAAGAGGCACUUGGUCCUGUUACUUUCAUUUGGAAACCCAGGCAGGGGCCUGACAGUACUGCUGAAAACAGACAGCUGUGGAUCUGGACACAUCCAGCCUGUAAGCAGGACAUCCUGGCUGAGUUAAAGGAAGCCUUCCAGUGUUCUGAGCCCAUGGAAUCCUGUAACCCUGAACCUAUUGUAGCAUUGCCUCAAGAAGAAAGCACAAUGGAUGUAGCUGGAAACGUUGGCAAGAAAAGGAAGAGGAAAGAUGCAGAAGCUUUUGUUCCAGUGAAAAAAAUUAUUGGAGAUGGAACCAGAGAUCCACAUCAGCCAUACUCCUGGACAUCGCAAACUACUGGAAUUGUGAUCAGUGACUUGACAAUGGAGAUCCUCAGAUACCGGUUGAUUGGCCCACUCUCGCACUGUGUCCUGACAGAGGCACUCAAAGUUGCUUCUGUCCAUACUGAGCUGGAUUCUACAGAUGCUGAAGUUAACAGUUGGUGGAUAGAAAAUUGCAGCCAUCCUGAUCGGGUGUCUCUUCAUCGUCGUCAAGAAGCCAUCUUUGACCUCUUGCAGGGGUUAGGUUCAUCAGACAUUCCAUCAGGUACUGUACUUGGUUUGACAGUUGAGGAUCCUCGAGUCAAUUUGCCAAAGAAGAGGUCAAAAGCCAUGCCAAAUCCAGAAAAAUAUCAAGAUGAUGAGAAAGUUAGACAGCUAAUCUUGGAAGGUGUGCCUGCAGAGUGUGCACACAGCUUUCUCUGGGACCAGAAUAUCUGUAGGAGUGUCACAGAAAAUAAAAUGCCGGAACAGGAGUUGAAUCGUCUAAGAAGCAAACUCUUGGUACCUGGAUCUCAUCUUGACUUGGGCCCUCGAGAAUCCCAGAUUCCUAUACUCUUGGUUCAGCAUUCUGGAAAAGUAGCGGGAAAAGAUCGACCAGGGUGGGGAAGUGGCUGGGAUGUUUAUCUGCCCAAAGGCUGGGGCAUGGCUUUCUGGCUUCCUUUUAUCUAUCACGGGGCACGAGUGGGUGGCUUGCAAGAGGCUCUGAAACAUUCCCUGUAUAAGAGAACACCUCAUGUUCCGCAUGAUUAUCCGGACUGCCCUGCUGGUAUCCAGUUUGCCAAAGAACUAGAGAGAAAUCUUCUGGAAAAGUUUAAGAGGCACCCUCCUGCAAAAAGAGCAAAUUAUAUAAAGCAUGGAACCUUGGCGCCGUUCUUGUGCCCCUGGGACAAGCUCACUCAGGAUUGGGAGGCUCGAAACCGAGCUCAUGGAAAACAAAUGCACACACCAGCCCUAGACAGUGAGGCUUGUGUUACUGAAGAACAGGUCUCCGGUGGUCCCAGCUCUGGAACACUCGUAGCUGAAGCGCCGAUGGCUGGCCAGGUGGCUGAGCAAAUGGAGCCAUGCUCCCAAACCAGCACACAGAUGGAAGGGGCUGAGAAAAUGGCAGAGUUGUGUAAGAAAGAGGAAGCUGCAUCAAGCCAGGCAUUCUGUGUUCUCAGGGCCAGAAAACUCUUAAGGCAAGUUUCAGCCUGGUGUCUUUCUACAGCUAGCAAAAGUCAGAGAAUGCGUCACCUUGCUUCUCAGCUGGAUCGGAAGGAGCUGACAGAAGAUGCUCUCUUGCCUAUCUUGCAGCAUUACCCCAGGGCAUUAGUGUGGGUCAGCUUGUCCCUUCUCAAAAAAGGUAGCCCUGAAUUGCAUACCAUGAUUUGCAUCCCAGCCGAGGAAGAUCUGUUGGAGCUUGACAAAGAUCCGCAUUUCUGUGGUCCUCAGGAACCCAGACACAGUGACAGGUUCAAGAACAAGGUUUCAAAACAAAAGGCGAGAAAAAAGAGGGAGCGGGCUAAGAAGGCAACUGAAGGUAGCGCAUCUUCUGCCUUGACUGUAAUGACGGCAGAGCAGGAAGAAGACGCCAUGCUGGGCUUAUGGCCUGACCCGCUGCCAGAUGUCACAUCGCAUUGCUCCAGAAUUCUCCUGGGGUUUGUCACACAAGGCGACUUCUCCUUGGCUUUCGGAUGUGGCGAAGCGCUCGGAUUUGUCUGUCUGACAGGAUUACUGCAAAUGUUGGUUGGUCAACCAGGAGAUAAGAGGGGGCUUGUUUUGUUAAGAAAUCCAGCAUCGCCACAGUACAGAUUUGCUAGGCUUACUAUUGAAGUCUAACCUGGGUUUAAAUUCAGUGUUUAAAAACAAACAAAAAAUCCAAAUACACCUUUUUCCUGAAAGUUUGCAGGCUUCUUAGUUUAGAUCCAAAGCUUGCAAAAAUGUACUUCACAUUCUUGUUAGCAUGUAAAAUGCGAGGGAAGUGUCAGUAGACUGAAAACUGUUCUGUAUAGUUUGAUAUUGAUGUAAGUUGCCUCUUCCAUUACUCAAGAGGCACAUAUAUUUUCCUGAAUAUGUACACAAUGGAUUUUUAGUUUGUUUUUAAACAAGCAACUGGUAUUUCUGCCAGCACUCCCCCUACCUUAUAAUGGGUUUUCCUCAAAUGAGGGUUCUUUUUUUCAUUGUAUGCUGCUGAAACCACUGUCAUGUACAUUUUUUAAUAAUUUAAUUCUCUUUUAAAAAUUGUUGAGUCUGGCAGUGGCUUGUUUAGCCCAUCUGUUUAGUGAACCUAGGGGCUUUACCCCCCCCCCAAAAAAAAGCCCUCGGAGAGACUAGCUGUGUAUGGGCGGAGCUGUGAAUGCUGCAUGUGACACAUAGUUAUCCCUCCCAUCCUAUUCAGAAGAGAUCACAUGCAUUUUGUCUGAGUCUAUCCAGAGAGCUGAAAUGAAAUGUAAUAAUAUUAAAGCUAUGAAUUGCCUUGAGGGGUGGCACCCAUCUUAGCCUCACCUCUUCUUCCAACUGAAUUGCAACUUUCAUUUUGUUCUGCUUUGGGAUACAGGUGUUCAUUAUCAUUAAAAGAACUUGGACUGGCUUGUCCUUAA